GGGGCUGGACUGGGUCUCCGCAGAUUCGGCUCGGUUCCGGUAGCUGUCACACUCUCUCUUUGGUCCGCAGGAUUUGACAGCCCUGGGCCGGGCUCGCCCCCAUACCGGGCUCACUUUAACACCAACCUGCAGGAAACCGAGUGAAUUCCUCGGUCUCCUAGCAACGAGGGUCGGGCUGAGGGAGCGGCGGCGGCGCCCAAAUCACUCUGGCGCUAGCCGGAACCCAGAGCCAGACCCAAACGGGAGCCGAAAACCAGAGCGUGGAAGAAUAAGCUGGAAAUGGCGGACGAGGCCUUGUUUUUGCUUCUCCAUAACGAGAUGGUGUCAGGAGUGUACAAGUCCGCGGAGCAGGGGGAGGUGGAAAACGGACGCUGUAUUACUAAGCUGGAAAACAUGGGGUUUCGAGUGGGACAAGGAUUGAUAGAAAGGUUUACAAAAGAUACUGCAAGGUUCAAGGAUGAAUUAGAUAUCAUGAAGUUCAUUUGUAAAGAUUUCUGGACUACGGUAUUCAAGAAACAAAUCGACAAUCUCAGGACAAAUCAUCAGGGCAUCUAUGUACUUCAGGACAACAAAUUCCGUCUGCUUACUCAGAUGUCUGCAGGAAAACAGUACUUAGAACAUGCAUCUAAGUAUUUAGCAUUUACAUGUGGCUUAAUCAGAGGUGGCUUAUCAAACUUGGGGAUAAAAAGUAUUGUAACAGCUGAAGUGUCUUCAAUGCCUGCAUGUAAAUUUCAGGUGAUGAUACAGAAGUUGUAGAACAUACUGAAAUGCAAGACUGCCGCAGUGUAAAGAGUUAAAUUAUUCAUGUAUAAAGUAUUUCAAGUAGCAAUGACUUAAUUACAUUGUUGGACAUUUGUGUUGAUAUAAGCUAUGUGCUAACUUGUAUAAUAAUGAAAGAUGUACUCUUAAGCAGGACUGAGGUUGUAUUUUAUCAAUUUAACAUAGACCAAAUUAAAGCAGAUAGAGACAUUCUACUGUAACAUGCACUUUACUGAAACUAUUCGGAAUGAAAAAAAAUCCUGAUUUCAAAUAAACACCAAGGAUCCUUGUUUUAACAUUUCUACUUGCUUAGUGAUAUAUAUUUAACCACAGAUGGAGAAGCAAAACUCAGGGUUUGAAAAAUUAGCAUAAAGAAAAUAUGCACCAGCCAGAAUCAUUUGUGUAACAAUGAACAAAUUUUGAUUGCUUUAUGAAUUUGUUUUGGUUAUUAAAAAAAACAAACAGCAUACUAAA